ACAACUCGUCCUUGGGCGGCGUAAACAACAACGAAAUUUAACGUUAAAUUUGCAAAACGAACGAACAAAAUCAAAGUCAACGCUUAAUAAAAUGGUUUAUCUUCAUUUCCCCUCCAAUUUGACAGAAGAGGAAUUAAUGCUGCAAACUAAAUAUCAAAAACUUAAAAAGAAGAAAAAAGCUUUGCAAGCACUGAAAGCACCCAAACCAGAACCAGAAAAAACACCUGCACUCAAAAGACCUGCAGAAGCAAGAGACGCCAGAGAAGUGGCUAAAAAGCUCUUGAAGUCCGGAGCCAUUUCAGCCAUUCCAAAACCUAGCGAGAAAACAGAAACUACUGGAUUCAAAAGAUCAAGAGGCUUAGAAAGAAAACUUUCCUCUUCUGAUCGAGCACCAAGUGGAUUCCAACCGUUUUCUUCAAGUCAAGGAAGUAUGGUUUCUAAUGAAGAACAUGUCACACAUGAAGCUAGAACCAAAAGCAAGGUUCCCAAUCUCUAUGAAAAUUUCAUUUCUUCAAGAGAAUCAGAUGCUGAACCAGCUUCAAUUAGUCCAACAAACCCCAAAGAAACACCUACCUCUCCUGCCAUUUCUCCAGUGAAGCACCAGAAACCUACAGUGGGGCACACAGUUUAUGUGUUUGGCUACAGCAUUACAGAAGAAAUCCUCAAAAAAGCUUUCCAGUCUUUUGGAAAUGUUGUAAACAUUUCAAUGGAAAUUGAGAAAAAUUGCGGGUUCGUUACGUUCGACAAAACAACUUCAGCAGACAGAGCCAUCAGUGAAAUGAAUGGUAGCAUGGUAUCCGGUAUUCAACUAAAAGUGUCACUCGCAAGGCGUCAACCUGUCAUCGAACCUAUAAACGAUGCAACAUCAUCCGCUACGUGGUCCACAAUAGCGGCUCGCAAUUCUCAGAAAGGAUCCUAUAAAGAUAAGCGCGAUUUAGUGACAUAUGAAGAGGAAUUGUUUUAAAAAGUAAAUCAUCACAGUACAGGCGGUUCUAUGUAAUUGUAAUUUUCUCGUGG